AUGGGGUCACGUAGGUUAGCUCCCGCUUACUCUGUCUAUAGAGAUGGAUUUGAUCCAUAUUCAAACUGGGCUAAGAUUGUGGAUUGUGGUGAUCCACCGGUGACACCCUUGGAUAACAGAAUUGCCUUAGACCAAAUUUAUCGUGCUAAUCGAGCUAUCGGUAAGCACAAAACUACAGAAAAAAAUAAAGAUAAAUCGCCAAAAAUUUUCACUCUUGGAGGUGAUCACACAAUCACUUUGCCUGCAAUUAAAGCAGCAUACGAGAAUUGGGGUCCAAUUACAGUAAUCCAUUUUGAUUCACAUUUAGACACUUGGAAUCCAUAUUACUUUGGUGGAAAUGUUACUGAUUACCAAUCUGUAAACCACGGUACGUACCUUCACUGGGCUCACGAAAAAGGAUUAUUGACUGACAGGUCAAUCCAUGCCGCUAUCAGGGGACCUUACCCUGGACCAAGAGAUGUUGAACAUGAUAAGAAAUGUGGUUUUGACAGGAUUUUAGCAAGAGAUAUUGACAAAAUUGGAACCCAGGGAAUUAUUAAUAAAAUUAAAGAAAGGGUUGGUAAUGGUGCUGUUUAUAUUACUGUGGAUGUCGAUUCAAUGGAUCCAGCUAAUACCCCUGCUUCUGGUACAGUUGAACCAGGUGGAUGGACAUCGAGGGAAUUAUUAACCAUUUUAGAUGGUUUGAAAGGCCUUAAUGUUGUAGGAGGUGAUGUUGUCGAAGUUGCUCCUCCAUACGAUACCGCCGCAGAAUUGACUUCAAUUACUGCUGCUCAAGUUGCAGAUUCUAUUAUUUCUCUUAUGAUAUUAAAAGAAGAAGAAGAAGAUAAAAAGGUUCAAGAGAUUCAUUAA